GAGAUAUCCCAAACGGUUAAAAAUUUCAGGGAACUGAAAGAAGAGGAAAGACGGUUCUGAGAUCUCGCGAAAACACCUGUAGCCAUUAACCACGCAAAUUAAGAGGCACCGAAAACUGAGAUUCCGCCUGCCGAUUUCGUCUGCUGUCUCUCCAGUUCUGGUUGGGGCUGUUGUUGGCUUGAUCAAUCUUUCAACAAAUAUAAAUGUCCAGUAAGUUCACCACCGUUUAGUCAAAUAUUUGCCUUCAUCUGCACUCAGAUCCACUAACAUGUAUUAUAGAGAAGAGGGAAAAUGGAAAAAACUUCGCCCUUCCCAAAAUGAGAAGUUGGAGAGAGUUCGAGGACUAAAGGGGGGUUCUGGGCCUGCAGAGCGAGCCACAACCUAUCCUGUCAAUCUAACUACACUGGAGAUUUGGCUGCUGGCUUUCUUGAAUUUGUGAUUUAGUAUAGCUUUGUUUCAAUGUUUUCUUGUCUGAGGAAGUUAUUCUUGAGAAAAAUGAUUGGUAUAUAUAUGUCAUCUUUAAAAGUAUCCAUUUAAGACAUUCAACUAAAGGGUUCAAUUAAAAAUUGCAAAAGUAGGCAUUGCAUCAUCACAGGAGCUUCUUUGGUCCCUAUGGAAUGCUCAACUCAGGACAUUUACUACCCGUAGUUUGUCAUUUUUGCUUAUUAAGGCUGCAUGCAGCUUCUUUGUAGGUUGUGGUUAUAUAGUACAACUUAUUUGUGGAUCCACUCAGGCAGUCAACUUUGUGUCAACUGGUAUGGUGGACUGCUUUGUAGAUAAGUAUGGCUUCUUUUUUUAUGAAAAAAAGUAAGCAUGCUUUCCUAAGAAAAUAUAGCUAAGUAAUGGCUGAUGCUAUAAGGCUACUGCUUUAUCUGGAUAUCAGUUUAUUGGAGUUCUGGUGAGAUUUUGCUCUGUAAUCUUCUUCUUGAUUUGUUCUCUUUGUUAUUUAACUAUUUUGAUUGUAUCUGAGCACUUGGAGGGAUUUAUUCUUAUGGUACAUUUUGGAUCAGUUUUAUUGGAGUUCUGAUUCCAUUUUCAUCCUCCUUGGCUCCUUUUGCUCUUGAUUUUAUCCUUUAUUCAAUAUAUUUUCCUUUGUUGUUCGAAGAAAAUAGUAAGUGUGAUAUCUACUGCCACUGAUAUUCAUUGCAGCCUCUUGGCAUUUGUUCUUGCAGGAUCAGGAACAAGGCUACACAGCCGUCCAUAAACUAAUUACUGCAAUGGCUUAAUACUGGUUUGAUCUGGGAGCACCUGUUAACAAUGGAGAAGAAUCAUCUCUCAAUGAUUCUGUAAUUCUUUGUCUACAACUCAAUACACUGGCAGAAAGAUGCAUCACAUUUUUUAACAAGCUCUGUUCGCAGAAACAAUCAAAGGGAGUAUAAUCAGCAUCCAGACUGAGGUGGCUGUGUCCUAACUGUGCUCACCAAAGAAUGCCAUGGUUUCGUCUAGUUUUUACCGAUCAAAUUAGUUCAACAGAAUAGUUUUUCACCCAAUGUAGCAAAAAGAAAGAAUUUUUUUGGAAAGACUGAGGUGGCCCUGACUACUGGGCAUAAGUUUUGUAAAUUGCAGGAAAUAGAGUACAGAAACCAGAAUCACUACAAAGGAGAACUUGGCUUCAGUGUUUCAUUCAGCUGAAUUUGGAUCCAUAGCUUUCACUUUGAUUGAUGUAGAUAAUAGAUUCAAAUGCAAUUACCUCAGUUAUUGAAUUACUGUAAGUAGGUUUUUUUCACAGAUUUAUGACUGGUGAUAUAUCAUAGCAUUAUUUCCUCUAGUCGAUGAAGAACAACUUCAAUAAAAUCCACCAUUACUUUGCUUCACCCCAUCUCUGUUACUUUCUUUCACAGAAGAAGGUGCACACUAACUUGGCCAAGAGAAUAGGCGCCUGUUGCCCUUGAAAGUUUAAGGCUGAUUACAUAAACUUCUUUCGUGUUAAAGAAGCAGUAAUAGCAGUACACGGAUAGUUAUAGCGAGUUUCGACAGCAAUACAAGGAUAGUUAUAGCACGUUUUAUUGUCUUCAUACACUAUGAAGCAAUGCUACCGCUGGCUAAAGCUUACAAAAUCUCCAAGAAAGGAACGUACGAGGAUGACUAAGGGACUAGCAAAUGAAAUCUAAAUGUUCCAGAUACCUCUUUUUUGUCAAUUCAUUUUCACAAUUUCUGGAUUCGUUGAGGAUGUGGCGCUGUUGGUCUGAGAAGAAGCAGUUGAAGCAUUGCUACGCUUCUGGGAACUCUGGCUUGAGGAUGAUUCAGUGAAGAAAAUUAUCUGUUCUUGGUUGUCUACAAACACUUGUAGAGAUCUCGGAACUGGGGGCAGGUUCACAUCCAAAAUCCCCUCAAGGAUUUGAACAACCUGCCCCAUGGACGGCCUGUGAGUUUCAUCAUCUUGGAUGCACCAACAUGCCACUUUGCAGAUUCUUGAUAGCUCUUCUACAUUGGCGUUGCCAUCCAACCUCGGGUCUAACAGCCUAAGGACAUCGUCCCCUUGAGACACUAUGCUUGCAGCCCAAGUUGGGAAGAAACGAACUUUCCCAUCUGCAGUAUGUUCAGAGUUUCUCGUUCC